UGCAACCGCAGCCCCCCGGGGCCCCGGGCUCGCCCGGGGCCUCUCGCCCUUCCCGCUCCCGUCCCGCCCGCCGCCCUUUUGCUUUCGGUUUUUCCCAGCUGACAGCCGGCUGCCCGGCCAUGGAGAACCGCGCCGUCUACAACAAGACAACGGAACCGGAGGCGUCCCGCCGACUGCCGCCCUUUUUCUUGCGGUUUUUCCCCGAUAGCAGCCGGCGGCCCGACCCGCCCAGGGAGAAUGGCUCCGCCUCCAACGAGACCACAGAGGCGUCCCGCCGACUGCCGCCCUUUUUCUUUCGGUUUUUUCCAGCUGGGAGCCGGCGGCCCGGCCCGCCCAGGGAGAACGCCUCCGCCUACAACGAGACCAGGGAACCGGAGGCGAAGACUCCACGCCCGCCGCCCUUUUUCUUUCGUUUUUUUCCAGCUGGCCGCCGGCGGCCCGGCCCGGCCAUGGAGAACGGCGCCGUCUACAACGAGACCACGGAACCGGAGGCGAAGGCGCCCCGCCGCCGCCCCUUCGGCUGCACCCUGCGGCACCUGCGGGGAUGGCGGCUGCCAGUCAAGGUGGUCCAGACGAUUUUCUCUUUUGUGGCUGUUGUUUGUGAAGAAAUUGUGGACUAUUGCAUCACUUGUAGUGGACUUUAUCUCUUUGAAUUCACAAGCUGCAGUGCCUUUCUUUUGAGCCUCCUGAUUCUGUAUGUGUAUUGCACUGAUUUGUAUGAAUCACUGGGGGAAGAUAAAGUGCAGAAACUGAAUUUUUGGGCUGUGCCAGUCAUAGGGGCCUCGUUUCUGUUAGCAUCAAUAGUGUUUUCUGCAACCUCCUCUGACUCUGCUGUUGAAAGUGCUGCAUGUGUAUUUGGAUUUUUUGCAACUUUUGCCUUUGCAGCUGAAUUUGGUAUAGAGUUCUAUCUCAGGCGAAAACAAAACAUCGAUGGACGCCCUGAAAAUCCUGGUAACACUCCGAGUGCCACAGAAAAUCAGCCAUUGAAUAAACAAAGCUAACUUCCUGAAA